UGGCAACACUGGUGUGUAGGUCAGGACAAACACAACAGGAACAAGGUUCCCCGAGAAGGACAGAGCGACAGACCAGAGAAGUUCCUACUUGUGGCUCCGGACGUGACAGAAAGAUGCUGACUAAUAUCUCCACUGUGCUGAGGACAUGCGUACAGAGAAAUGGGACCGCAGCGGUCGCGUCAGCCCGUACCUACGCUGACUUCACCCAGCAGGCUUCCUUUGAAAUCAAGAAAUGUGACGUACACAAGUUGGACGAGUCCCCGGCCACGGAGGUGGUGAUGACCCGGGAGGAGGGUCUCAAGUACUACCGCACCAUGCAGACCAUUAGGCGCAUGGAGCUGAAGGCCGACCAGCUCUACAAGCAGAAGAUCAUCAGAGGCUUCUGCCACCUGUACGACGGACAGGAAGCGUGUGCGGUGGGCAUCGAAGCAGGCAUCAACCUGUCAGACCACCUGAUCACCGCCUACCGCGCUCACGGGUACACCCUCACCAGGGGCGGGACCGUCAGGGAGAUCAUGGCUGAGCUCACCGGCAGGAGAGGAGGUAUUGCUAAGGGCAAGGGGGGCUCCAUGCACAUGUACACCAAGAACUUCUAUGGCGGGAAUGGUAUCGUUGGAGCUCAGGUUCCACUGGGAGCCGGCGUAGCUCUGGCCUGUAAGAUCCAAGGGAAUAACGAGCUCUGUGUCUCUCUGUACGGAGACGGAGCUGCUAACCAGGGUCAGAUCUUCGAGGCGUACAACAUGGCGGCUCUGUGGAAGCUGCCUGCCAUCUUCAUCUGUGAGAACAACAAGUAUGGCAUGGGGACUUCGGUGGAGCGCUCCUCCGCGAGCACCGACUACUACAAGAGAGGAGACUACAUCCCUGGUCUGAGGGUGGAUGGUAUGGACCUCCUCUGUGUCCGAGAGGCCACGAAAUUCGCAGCCGAUCACUGUCGAGCCGGAAAGGGUCCCAUCCUCAUGGAACUGCAGACCUACCGUUACCACGGACACAGCAUGAGUGACCCAGGUGUCAGCUACCGUACCCGUGACGAGAUCCAGGAAGUGCGCAGCAAGAGCGACCCCAUCUCCAUGCUGAAGGACCGCAUGCUCAGCAACAACAUGGCCAGUGUAGAUGAGCUCAAGGAGAUCGACGUGUCUGUGAGGAAGGAGAUCGAGGACGCGGCGCAGUUCGCCACCACGGACCCCGAGCCCCCGCUGGAGGAGCUGUGCAGCCACAUCUUCCACAACGAGCCCCCCAUGGAUGUACGCGGCGUCAACAUCUGGAGCAAGCUCAAGUCCAACAGCUAGUGGAGCUCUCUCUUCCUCGUCUCCCUCUCUCCUCUGUCAACCGCUCUCCAUCACGAUAAAGUAACACCUUUCUCAAGUCACAUGCCUCGUUCCAGCCCCUUCCAGCAGAAACAAAUUCUCUACAUGUUUGUUACACCAGUCCGGACUUUUAUAGUCAAUGAUGUGGUUCGGGGUGAUGGGUUGGCUGCAUCCUCGCUGUCUUUCCAGUUGGACUAGCCUUUAAUGAACACAAGUCUGUAUUGAGUGUCAAAACAGUUUUGAAGUUGAGCUGAGGAUUUCUCCGCCUAAAACCGGCCUUGAUGCAGCCAAUCUAAACACUGAGAUCAUUUGUCAAGAAGGUUGUAUCUAAAGAUAAAGUAUUUGGAUGAGGUUUGAUGCUACUGGUGCAGGAGUCAUUGUAAUGAAUGUUUGAGGUUAAGUCACUAUUUCAGUUAGAGUUAGUUAAUAAGCCAUGGUGCAAGAACAGUCUCAAAGCUCUAGAUCAUAACUCAAUAAGCAAAAAGAAAAUUUCCUCCUUAGGGGAAAUGGUCAAAUGGAGGCUGCGCAAUUAAGGGAAAAAUAAUAAAGUUUACUUUUAUUGGUUCAUCUUGCCAAAUCUGAGGUGUUGCUGUAGUUGCUUUUCAGAGCGUGAUUUCGAUUUCAAACACUCCCGAGUUGUUCGCCCUUGUAGAUUAUUUGUGCAACACUAUUUAUGGUUUCAAAAUUACAUUCAGUGACUAAGGGGGGGAUAUGAGCUUCAGUAAGUCGAUUAUUGUGACCAUAUGCUGCCUUUUAGCAAGACUUUUGUUUUAAAAAAUUGGAAAAUUUUCCCAUUUGAAUACAUUACUCUAAGAGACAAUUACAACUAAAUUGUAUACCAUUGUCUUGGUUUGAAGAUAAAUAUUGUAAUGGAAUACUUCAUCUGAAAAUAUAAAAUAUGGGGACACAUGUUGGCCGAUUUAAGGGACCCCUAUUUGUUUAAAUUAUUAAAAGAAAGGUAAAUGCCAUUCCAUAAAAUAUUAGAAUUGUGGUUCUUGGUACUGGGAAGGUAAAUAUAUAUGGUCACAUACGCUGUUACGGUUAGAUGUCACAGCAAGAAGCAAUGUUGCAUCGACACCAUGUUUUAUUAUUGACCGUAUGUAUGUCCUGAAGAUUAAAAUACUAUGUUGAAAGGUU